UCUGUCCUUGUGCGAAGGUCAAUUUCCCUCCAAUCACGCAACGUCCACCCCCACAUCAGAACCGGCACCUGGAGAGCCACAAAACAGCCCCAUAUAGAGAGAGCAUGGUAAGCAUUCUCGUUACUCGCAGUUGCUUGAAAUGGCGUUGCUGCCCCAACAUUCUGGCAACAGCUCCAACAACGUCAGUGCAAAAAAACACUUUGGCUUUCAGUAGCAAAUCAGCAGCCAGACCAGCCGGAAGUUUGAACGAGUCUCUCCCAUUUGGAUUUCAAUUUUUCAAAUACAAAAGUUUUUGUUCAGAAGACAAUAUGACCAUCAAAGCGAUCAAAGCCCGUCAAAUCUACGACUCCCGUGGCAACCCCACUGUUGAGGUCGAUCUGACCACCGAUUUGGGUCUGUUCCGUGCUGCAGUCCCCUCUGGUGCCUCCACUGGUGUGCAUGAAGCUUUGGAGCUGCGCGACAACGAUAAGGCCAACUAUCACGGCAAGUCCGUGCUGAAGGCUGUUGCCCACGUCAACGAUACUCUGGGCCCCGAGGUGAUCAAGGCCAAUUUGGAUGUCGUUGAUCAGGCUGCUAUUGAUAAUUUCAUGAUCAAAUUGGACGGCACUGAGAACAAGAGCAAGUUCGGUGCCAACGCCAUUUUGGGUGUGUCCCUGGCUGUGGCCAAGGCUGGUGCUGCCAAGAAGAAUGUUCCUCUGUACAAACACAUUGCCGAUUUGGCUGGCAACAAGGAAAUCAUUCUGCCAGUGCCCGCUUUCAAUGUGAUCAACGGUGGCAGCCAUGCUGGCAACAAAUUGGCUAUGCAGGAGUUCAUGAUUCUGCCAACUGGAGCCACUUCCUUCACUGAGGCCAUGAAAAUGGGCUCUGAGGUGUACCACCAUCUGAAGAAUGUGAUCAAGGCCAAGUUCGGUCUGGAUGCCACCGCUGUCGGUGAUGAGGGUGGCUUUGCCCCCAACAUCCAAUCCAACAAGGAGGCUCUGGUUCUGAUCAGCGAUGCCAUUGCCAAGGCUGGAUACACUGGCAAGAUUGAGAUCGGUAUGGAUGUUGCUGCCUCUGAGUUCUUCCGUGAUGGACAAUACGAUCUGGACUUCAAGAACCCACAGAGCGACAAGUCGCAAUGGUUGUCGCCCGAGAAAUUGGCCAACCUGUACCAGGAGUUCAUCAAGGAAUUCCCCAUUAUUUCCAUUGAGGAUCCCUUCGACCAGGAUCAUUGGGAUGCCUGGACUAACUUGACCUCCAACACCAAAAUCCAAAUCGUUGGUGACGAUUUGACUGUGACAAAUCCCAAGCGUAUUGCCACCGCUGUGGAGAAGGGAGCCUGCAACUGCCUGUUGUUGAAGGUCAACCAAAUCGGUACCGUCACUGAAUCCAUUGCCGCUCAUUUGCUGGCCAAGAAGAACGGCUGGGGCACCAUGGUCUCUCACCGUUCCGGCGAAACUGAGGAUUCAUUCAUUGGUGAUCUUGUCGUCGGUCUGUCCACUGGUCAAAUCAAGACUGGUGCUCCAUGCCGCUCUGAGCGUCUGGCCAAAUACAACCAGAUCUUGCGCAUUGAGGAGGAAAUCGGCGCAGGCGUCAAAUUCGCUGGCAAGAGCUUCAGGAAACCCCAGUAAGCAGUCUGCUGCUACUUCAAAAUUCCAAAAACAAUACACCAAGGCACCAGAAAAACAAGCAGCACAAAUGAGAUCGGUGUCCCCAUAACUUGGUGUACACGUGUUCGUCAAUCUAUUUUCAUUCUCUUUUUGGAAAUUAGUGAAACAAAUCCAAAAUGGUUACCGAAGCCACAUAAUCUGUCUCUACUUGCUUCGUUAUUUAGACAUUAUUCUUAAUGUUAUCAUUAUUUAUAUUAAAAACAAAACAAAAAAACAAACAAACCCCUUAUGUAAAAUGCUUGAACGAAUAUCAUGUUUGUAGUCGGCCCUCUCCUCCCAAAAAAAAAUACAUUUAACUCCCAUCAGAAAACUACAUAGAAAUCUAAAUCUAUAAUUGUUGAAACAUAGAUCUUAAGGCAAUCAUCCAACGUUCUUUGUUCAAACUCAAUAAAAAGGAGCUGGCAUGGAGGAGUUGCUGUAGCAGAACACAUACAAUAAUACUCAAGGAAAGCAAAAAGGGAGCUACCAGUUACGGAACGCAUAAAUAUUUUAUUCAAAAUGUUAGUUGAUGUGAAAUAAAUUACACAAAUACAAAUAAAUGGUUGAUUAUA